AUGGGCGAUUUUCAAUCAUUUUCGACGUAUUCCGCUCCUUUCUUGGUGACCGAACUCAUCAACCGCCCUGACAAGACAUACGCAGUAAAAGGCCAAGCUGAAUUCUUGGCUGUCGCCGUCGCCCUCGAUGUCCCGAUCCUCAGCGCCCAGAACAAUGUCAUCGCCAGCAUGAAUAUUCUCUCCGCUGGCGCUGGCGCUUCAUUCGCGGUAUUUGCAUCAGCUGAAGAACUCAGCCUCGAUGCAGAUGAGGACUUCAUCAAUGCGACACCCGGAGUACGCGAUUGGAUCCAGAAAGCAAAAGAUAGCCAAAAGUUCAGACGAUACGUGACUAAAAAGAUUGUCACCUCUCAAGGAGUCGCGAGUGACUCGCCUCAGCUUGCUGCUGCUAUUAACGAGAUACGAGUUCUAUCGAAUGAGACGAUUCGGCAAUGUGACUUUAUUGUUUCGAUGCUGGCCAUUUCGUGGAGCGAGUCGCCUAGUGUUGGCCGGUUUUGGCCGCAAGUCUUGCUUGAGGCUGCUGAUGAGGGAACUUUGGCGGAGUAUCUCUCUUCUAACAAAGCCGAUUUCAAGUCCCAAUUGGCAAUAUCCAUGAACAUCGGUCGCGCGCUACAGUUUCUUCACGCUCACGGCAUCGUCCAUGCUGAUCUGAAGCCAACGAAUGUGCUCGUUUUCACUUCUGGCUUUGACGAACACCAACAUGACCUACUCGACAAAACUGGUCUUCCGCCUAUCCGGGCUAAGCUAUGCGACUUUGGAUAUGCGGUGAUCCUCGAUGAUUAUAAGUCUGAGAAUAUGUUUCAAGCGAGAAUCGGUAGUCUUCCAUGGAUGGCACCCGAGCUCGAUGCAGAAGAGCCGAUCAGAUUACAGGAUCUUCACAAGACGGACAUAUACUCUCUUGGAUUACUCACUGCCAGCAUCUUUAUGAACGGUUGUACGCCCUUUGAGUCACUGAGUCCAGGAGAUGUUUUGGAGAUUAAGAAGAAAACACCAGACCAGUCAGGCUCAGCAGUCAAAGUGCUUAUAGAGAACAUCAAAAAGAAAACACCUCUUACGGAACCACAAGAAGAGUACGUGUACGCUUUUCUCGGGGGAACUUGCGCACCUUCAGCAUCAGAGAGGGUAUCACUUUCGGCGAUACAAAGCUACUUGUUCCUGGGGCUCAUGCAACAAUUACACACUGGAAAGGCAACUAUUCCUUUAGAAUGGUUCAAAGAUCUGCGGCCAGCUGCGGAUGGGUACAAGGGUGCUCUGGCUGCGCUGGAGAAGAAGCAUUCAGGGAUGACAAACGAAAUUGACCAGGACGAAAUGUUGAUACAACUUCGACAAAUGCUUGAUGAAGUAGUAUCCAUCAAGAUCAACAACCCAGAGUUCGAGAAAAUGCUCGCAACAUGCUUUGAAGACCACAGCCUCAAGCCGGCUAGUCUCAAGAAGUUUAAGAAGAACUGGAAGCCUGACGAAGAUACUCAGGAUAGUGAAGACUUCAUCUCUCGAAUGGAAGAGAUCUUUGAUGGAGCCAUAGCCAAAGUCCCUGAUUUCGCAUUCGAGCACUCGUUGAACGUAUCUAUCAUCCCGAGAGUGGCUCAGGAAGAAGUCUUCCGAGAUUUGAGGGAGAGCGUUGAGUCUGGGGAUGCACAAGACUCUGCCGCGCCCCUUCACCUAGCUGGGGCAUACCUCAAUGGACAGCUUGUCGAGACAUCAAUAGAGAAAGGCCUGUACCAUCUUGUUACAGCAGCCAUCAUGGAGAACCCGGAAGCCCUGUCCGUCAUCCUUAGUAUCUUUGAUGCAUGCGACACCGCUCUACCACCAGACAGUGCAGGUGAAUUGCUUAGCAAGAUUGAGUCAUAUGGGACCAAGACAUUCGGCCUUGCUCAGGGGACACUAUUCGACCAUCUAGUCCCUAAGCAUCUCUCAACGAAUCAAAUCCUCGGGAAGAUCUGGACUAGCAAGUGGCCAGAGAAGUAUGAAGCAUAUCUCGCAACUGGGCGCAGAUUUCCGAAUAUGUUUCUCCUUCACUGCAACAGUCCUUUGUUCUUGAAGGAGAAGCCAAAUAUGGACACUCCAGUAUUCGACUUUGAUCAACUGGCAUGCCUCAGAGAUGCAGGAAAGGAAAAUAUAGAUCUCGCAAAGACAGACGAGUUCAAAGAAGAAGUUGCUCGACUCGACUGUCUCAGCUACUGCAACAAAGAUGGUUUUACGCUGCUUCAGAUUGCAGCUUGUAAGAACGAUCUUGUCAUGGCGCGUGCUCUGGCUGAACUCGGUGCUGACGUCAACGCACACGGCAACACUCACGGCUGGGCACCAUUACUUUUAAGCUGCCACUGCGGCCACUUCGAUAUGGCAAAACUCCUGAUCGACAAUGGCGCUGAUCCAACCAUACGGGAAACCAUGCACGGUGCUACGAUUCUUCACUCCCUCACACAGUUCUCGAAACGUGAGCACUGCGAGGAGAUAUUCGACAUUGCCUUAUCAGCCGGUCUUGAUAUAAAUGUCCUUAUGAAUAACGGUGCUACUCCACUGCACACUACAUUUGUAGCGUGGGACUAUUCUCAAGGAGUGGCGACUGAGCUUCUGCUGGAGUAUGGUGCAGAUCCUACGAGACAGGUCCAAGAAUGGGAUGGCUUCUUGAACUUCAACACUGCGAUUGCGCAUGCAGCUCAGCAGCUUGACGUCGAUCUCUUACGAAGAAUGUUAGCUGCUUCAGAGGCCUUGGUGCCGAUUCUAGGUUUGCCGGCGCGACGUCAACUCAGCGAUGCCAAGGCUCAGGCCCUCAGUGCUGUUCUUCGAAGAACACGCUUCUACUGUAUGUGCGUCGGAGGCAAAGGGUACAUAGGUAAAUUGGAGACUGUCAUCUCUCUUCUAGCUGAUGAGGACGCCCGCUCGGUGAUGUUAGAGCGACGACGUGUGGACAAGAAGCAACCAACUGAUCCCUUUCUGACAAUGUGCACUUUUAGAGGGUCAGGCUUCCUCGUCGAUGCGUUUCUGAAAGUCUUUCCAGAUACUGUUAUUGACGAUCCUUCGUGGAAUCUGCCGAGACUGUUUCUACAUGUCGCCAUUGAGAGGAGAGAUAUUGAGGCUGUACGUGCUUUUGUCAGACAAGGGGCGGAUAUCCUCACCAAGGAGAGGGGAGGGCGAAAUGCUCUUCACUUUGCAGCGCACUACUUUCCCAAGAUCCUGCCAGAGCUUAUCAAGACACUUGAAGAGUUUCCCUCGGAUAGGCGACAGGGGAAGAGUAUGACAGAGAUAUUGGAGGGGCAGUGCAACUCUGGACUCACGGUCUUUGCUCAGCUUCUUGUUGAAGGGUACGAUGAUGAGCGCAAGCUGGCAGAGAGUCUACGGGCCAAGUACUCGCUGAAGCAUGACUACAAGAUGAGGCGAGAUGGCAGCUGGGUGACAUUCGGAGGCUACCUUGUUUCACUAGCUGUUGCUGAUGGCUUGGUACCAAUCGAACAUAUCCAGUAUCUCCUGAACUUUGAUGUACUUCCCGAGUAUGUAACUACGCCAGCAGGCAAGACCUUACUAGCGACAGCUAUAGAAGGCUUUUCAGGAUCUCGGGACUCAUAUGACCUUGCGUGCCAUCAGAUCACAAGAAUGCUUUUGGCGAAGUACCCAGCUUUUGAUGACGUCUUCCGCAUUGCCGAUGAAAGAGGCAGAACCGCUCUUCACAUCGCGGCUUACUGGUCUAACAAGACUGCUUUGCAAAUGAUCAAAGAGCAUGCACAACGAAAUUUCCCCAACAAGACCAUUCCGUGGAAUACAGAAGCUAGCGGUAACACAGUCUUGGACCACACGUUACAGGGUAUAAAGGAGAAGUCAUUCCCAGCACUUGAUAAUGAAGUCAACAAAGUUGCUACACGUUCCACCAGGAAAGCCGCAUUGGCGUGCUAUUUAUUCUUACGUGAGAAUGGAGCGCUGCAUAAUUGGGAGUUGGAGGGGUCUUUGGUAGCGGCACGGUUGAUAAUGUACACGCCUGACUUUCAGAAGAUCGGUCUUUUCUUGAGACUUGCGACACAGAGACUUGGGCUGGGACCACCAGACGUCGACUUUGACAGAUGCUUCGAGGUCGGCAUUACAACCAGUUUAGAUGGAAGACUUAUCCGAGUUCCAGUCGUGGACCUUAUCUGGAAACAUGACAACUUCAUCCUCAGAUUCUAUUCAGUCCGCAUAUCAUCUCUGGCCAUAGAAGGUUUCCGUCAGUUUCACGGUUGGAUCGAGAAGAGAAUGACAGAAACUGAGCCACAAUGCUAUCAAAGUCUCGGUCUUCCCGCUGGACGUUGGCCGUUCAUGACUCUCACCUACGAUAAACCUAUACCUUAUGCAAAAGAGACGAUGCGUUGGUCUCGUGGCGGUAGGGUUUGGACUGAAGAAGAACGCGAUAAUCUGAAAUCGCAAUUUUCAUCACUAUGGGACAUGUUCUUUGGGGAGGUUGAGGAGCAGUUCUUGUCUAGGUUUGAGAUGGCUUAA